CCCAGCACGGGGCCAGACACAGCGCGAGUGGCACAGCCCCGGGCACCCUCCACCAUGGCAGAGCCUUCGCUGCCCCUCUCCUUCCUCUGCCUCCUCGCCUUGUCCUCCGCCUGCUACAUCCAGAACUGCCCCCGGGGCGGGAAGCGGGCGCUGGCCGACACAGCCCUCCGACAGUGCAUGCCCUGCGGCCCCGAGAACAGAGGGAACUGCUUCGGGCCCGGGAUCUGCUGCGGCGCCGAGCUGGGCUGUUACCUGGGCACGGCGGAGACGCGGCGCUGCGCCGAGGAAGACUAUCUGCCUUCCCCCUGCCAGGCCGGGGGGCAGCCCUGCGGCUCCGGGGGCCGCUGCGCCGCGCCCGGGAUCUGCUGCACCGCCGACACGUGCUCGAUGGACUCCGCCUGCCCGGACGAGGGCGGGGACGGGGCUCAGGAGGAGGCGGAGAAGAACCUGACAGUGCUGGACGGCUCGGCUGGAGAUCUGCUCCUCAAGCUCAUGCACUUGGCGAACCGGCAGCAGCAGCAGGGCAAGCACCCCGUCCUCUGAGCCAGGGCAUGGGGCGACCCCCCCACCACCACCCUCACCGACCCCCCCACCCCGGCACUGUACAUACGAGACCCAAUAAAAGUCCUCGUGCACUGUG